CCCAAUCUUGAAAAGUUAAUCCUAGAAGAUUGCAACAAUUUGGUUGAGGUUCACCAGUCCAUUGGAAAUUUGCACAAACUUGUUUUGCUGGAUCUGCAAGAUUGUAGAAGCCUAAAGAGUCUUCCUGUCACCAUUUGUAAUCUGACUUCUCUUGAAAAUCUUACUCUUUCUGGUUGCUCAAAACUUGACAAGUUACCAGAGGAGUUGGGGAAUAUGGGGAGCUUAAAAGAGCUUCUAGCAGAUAGAACUGCUAUAAAACAACUACCCUUCUCCAUGGGACAUUGCAGGGACCUAAAAUCAUUAUCGUUAGGUGGGUUUAAAGGAUCACCACCUAAAUCUUGGUACUCUUUCUUCUCAUCUUGGGGUUCAACAAGUAAGGUUCCAGAUCCUAUCAACAUACUACCAGCUUCUUUCUCGCUGUUACGGUCCUUAAAAUCCUUAAUUUUGAAGGACUGCAAUUUAUCAGAAGGGGCGAUUCCUAGUGAUCUUGGGACCAUGUCCUCAUUGGAAGUGUUAGAUCUUGGUCACAACAAUUUUUGUAGCCUACCUGCCAACAUCAGUUGUCUUUCUCAUCUCCAGAAUCUUCGGUUGCGUGAAUGCAGAAUGCUUCAAUCACUUCCAGAGCUUCCCUCAAAUUUAGAGGUACUGUAUGCGAGCGGUUGCACAUCAUUGCAAAGUUUGCCAGAUCUUGGUAGCUUAUCAUCAUUGGUUGAAUUGGAUUUAAGCUCUAAUGAAUUUUUUAGCCUACCAUCCAGUAUCAGUGGUCUCUCUGAGCUUGUUUACCUUACGCUAAAGAACUGUACUAGGCUCCAAGCACUUCCAGAACUUCCAUCAAGCUUAACGAAUUUGAACCUAGAAGGUUGCACAUCAAUCGAGAGAUUAUCGAAUUUGUCAAAUCUAUACGUCUUAAUGGUCAGGGAUUGUGACAAGAUAGUUGAGAUU